CAAGGGAGGAAGCAUGUCAUGAGAGGUGAUGACACAGCUGUGGAGCCGUGGCCACAUCCUCGCUAAGUCUCAGCUUGGCUACCGGCGGCGACUGCUUUUGGCCUCCCCCCUACCAGCGCCACAGGAAAGAGAGUCAAAGAUAGCGCACCUUCAAGCUUAUCUAUCGCUUCCUCUCUGUUCUGUUGUUUGUGGAUGAUGGGAUUUUAACCAUGUGGAAGAUACCUGAGAGCUUCCCCUGGAUUUUGCUGACACUGCGCCUUGUCCCGCCUGGCCUCCCCUGAGCAGGAUGGACACUCUGGAGUCAGAGUUGACCUGCCCAAUCUGCUUGGAGCUCUUUGAGGACCCUCUGCUGCUCCCCUGCGCCCACAGCCUGUGUUUCGGCUGUGCUCACCGCAUCCUCGUCUCGCACUGCUCCACCAACGAAUCGGUUCAAAGCAUCGGCGCCUUCCAGUGCCCCACGUGUAGAUAUGUUAUUUCCCUGAGCCCCGAGCGCGGACUUGAAGGACUAAAGCGAAACGUGACCUUGCAGAACAUCAUCGACAGAGUUCAGCGGGCCUCAUCUUCGGCUGGGCUCCCUCUGCCUGCACCCCAAAGCGGACCGAACUCCCCCGGCGAGGAAGACCACGACCGCUUGGCCUUGGUACCCGUCGUCACCGCCGCCAUGUCCGACCCCGGAACCCCCCCGGAGCCGAUCCAGUGCCAGUUCUGCGAGCAGGAUCCGCCACAGGAAGCAAUGAAGACCUGCGUGACGUGCGAGGUGUCGUACUGCGAGGAGUGCCUCAGGGCCACUCACCCCAACAAGAAGCCAUUCACCGGACAUCGGCUCAUUGAGCCGAUGCCGGGAUCGCACCUCCGGGGCCUGCAAUGCCUGGAGCACGAGGAGGAAAAAGUCAACAUGUACUGUGUCACCGACGACCAGCUCAUCUGCUCCCUGUGCAAACUGGUGGGAAGGCACAGGGACCACCAGGUGGCAGCACUGAGUGAGCGUUUUGAAAAACUCAGGCAAGCCCUGGAUUCGAACCUGAGUAAUCUGAUCAAGAGGAACAACGAGCUGGAGUCGCUAAUGGGGAAGCUGAUUCAGACGUGUCAACACGUGGAGGUGAAUGCGUCCCGCCAGGAGGGCAAGCUCAUGGACGAGUGCGACCUUCUGAUCGACAUCAUCCAGCAGAGGAGGCAGAUCAUUGGGAGCAAAAUCAAGGAGGGGAAGGCACAAAGGCUACGCAAGCUGGCCCAGCAGAUCUCCAACUGCCAGCAAUGCAUCGAGAGGUCCUCUGUACUCAUCACACAAGCGGACCAGACACUGAAGGAGAACGACCACGCCCGCUUCCUGCAGGGCGCCAAGAGCAUCAACGACAGGGUUUCCAUGGCAACCGCCUCAACCCAAGUGCUGAUCCCCGAGAUACACCUGACAGACACGUUUGACAACUUUGCCCUGGACUUUUCCAGAGAGAAGAAACUGCUGGAGAAUCUCGAUUAUCUCACUGCGCCAUCGGCUGCGUGCAUUAGGGAGGAGCUGUGCACGGCAUCCUGCGACACCAUCUCGGUCCACUGGACAUCUGAUGAUGAAUUCACGGUCGUGUCCUACGAGCUGCAGUACGCCAUCUUCACCGGACAGUCCAACAUUGCUAGUCUGUGCAAUUCUUUGGAGAGCUGGAUGAUUGUGCCCAACAUCAAGCAGAACCAUUACACGGUGCACGGCCUGCAGAGCGGCACCAAAUACAUCUUUGUUGUCAAGGCCAUUAACCAAGCUGGGAGUCGAAGCAGUGAACCCGGGACUCUGAAGACCAACAGUCAGCCCUUCAAGCUGGACCCCAAAUCCGCUCACAAGAAAUUAAAAAUCUCCCACGACAACCUGACGGUGGAGCGGGACGAGAGCACGUCGAAGAAAGGCCACGGUCAGGAGCGCUUCACGAGCCAGAGCAGCUACGGCGUGGUGGGGAACGUCUACAUUGACAGCGGACGGCACUACUGGGAGGCGCUGAUUGGGGGGAGCACCUGGUACGCCGUGGGUAUAGCGUACAAGUCCGCCCCCAAGCACGAGUGGAUAGGCAAGAACUCAUCCUCCUGGGUGCUCUGCCGCUGCAACAACUCCUGGGUGGCUCGCCACAACAGCAAGGAGCUAGCCAUCGAGCCGGCGCCCCACCUGCGCCGUGUCGGCGUCCUCUUGGACUACGACGCCGGCUACCUGACCUUCUACGAUGCUGUGGGCUCCCAGCAGCUGCACACCUUCAACGUCUCCUUUGCCCAGCCCGUGUGCCCCGUUUUCAACGUGUGGAACAAAUGUCUGACAAUCCUCUCGGGCCUCCCCAUCCCUGACCACCUGGAGGGGCUGGAGCCUCAAGAUUGAAUGCAGUCACGUACAGUAUCAUCCUCGAAAUGACUGAUCCUGCAAUCA